AUGUCGUCCUCGGCCGACCGCCCGUCCAAGAAGCGUAGGACCACCACGGCCGCGCCUCAGACCGGGCCUACAACCGCGGUGACUCAAGUGCAGUUAUUCGGCGCCGAACUUGUCGCCAAUCGGGAGCUGCGCCAGCGCUUGCUCCGCUUCCUUCCCGGUGACGACCUGGCAAGGCUCAUGCGAGUGAAGGAGAGCUUUCAGGAAGAUGCGGCAAGUCUGCUGUAUGCCAGUGUGGGGUAUGACCAGGUCAGACUUCGCAUGAGCAGCUCGUCGACGCCCCGCCAAAAGAUGUACUGCUAUUGCGUGAGAAACAUCGAUGCGACCACCAUGACCCUCUCACCUACGGUCAUCUCGCAGCUCAACAUCCGGAAUCUCCCCGAAAGCGGAUCGGGGCGGAAGCGACGCAUCGCCCAAUGGCUUCGAACCAACUUUCGUUCUCAGCUCAUCAAUAUCAUCGUUCCUCAGCUCUUGUUCAAAUGCCCCGGGCUGCAGAGCAUCCAGUUCGGCAAUAAGUACGAGGCGUUCGGCAGUCCUUCCUGGACUGUCUACUUUCGGCCGGCCACGGAUACGCGCUGGGACGAGCCAGGCACGCCCGUCACCGCCAAAUGGCAUAUCGUCUACGUCUCCACUAUCAAGUUCGACAUAUCGCUCCCUCUGCCUUCUCUCACCACCUUUCCCAACCCGAAAGCUCCGUCCACCGCAUACGCUAUCCGUCCUCGGUUCGACCUUGUCUUGACAUCGGGUGGGCCGGCGAUACAUGAAGACUGGCAGACCUACGUCGGCAGGCGUGGGCUUACCUGCUUCAGUGACGUCUUUGGUGCCAUCAAUCUCGGCAAUCUACCGGUUGACGUCGACACGUUGUCCUUCUUGUACGUAUUCCAGAAAUACGCUGGACAUAAAAAACUCCUGCAUGACAUCACGGCGGAUCGGGUCAAGUCAUACAGCUCCAGUGACUUCCGGUUGCUCGCUCUGAUCGCUUCCUCGUCCUUAACGCAUCUAUCGCUGGUGGAUCGCUACGAUUCCUCCCGCGCCUCGAUCGAUUUCGCAGAGCUUCCGGAGUUGAUCAACACCAUCCGCUGUCGACUGCCCAAUCUAAAAGUUCUUCGCAUCGCACUGCGCGGGAUCGCCGGCGCCGAAGAUUCGCUGAAGCAGAAGCUUCGGAACGGGAAGCUCUCAAGUUCACGACCUGGCCCCAUCGUCAAGCUCAGCAUCUUCACCGAGCCGUAUUCCGGCCGACGCUUCAAUAUCAUCCGCUUACUAUACAAGGCCUGCGCUCAGGGGGCUGAGAUCGCUAUCGGUGAUUCUGUCGGUGGGGAGUGGAGCUGGUCUCAGCAAACUGCGUUACUGGCAUAUCUUCGAAGUCGUCCAGCGACGCAACGGUACUAUCUGGCGGCAGCGGACCUUGUGUCAAUGGGCAUCACUACCCCUCAACAAGUCUACGAACUCGAGUAUCACCGCAGCGGCCGUCCGAUCAGCCCGGCAGCUCGACUUACGGCGGAAUGGUUAGCGCAGGCUAAAGCAUCCGCGAUGCUCGCUACGUCGACUAUCAUCUCCGGCGUCCAAGAGGCCACUUCACAGCUCGCGCGAGCUGCAGCAGCCUUGGCUUCGAAAUCCGUCGAAAAGGACGACAUCAGCGCGGAGACGGCGGCGCUGCUCGAAGCUGUCAAGGCUUUCGGUCCAAUCUCUACGCAAAUCGGGGCGAUAGCGGACCAGGCGAAGGGGAUGCAGGACGGGAUCGCUCAUUGUCAGGGAUUGAUGCAGGCGGGACGGGAGGUGUAG